GGGCCGAUUGGAAUGUCGCUUAUGUCAGCAGCGGUGGCGCCGCCGCGUUUCGCCGUAGUUCGCUCGGCAGUUAGCCGCUCUCGGCGGCGAAGAAACUCCACUAACGCCGAUAAGGGAAAACAAAUCUCGAACCCAACUGAACAUUCGAACUCCGGCAUCUCAAUUGCAAAGAGUUCAUCAGGAUUUGGAAGCAGGAAGAAUAAUCCGGUGUGGAAAUGCGUACAGAACUGCGGAGCGUGCUGUAAACUCGAUAAAGGCCAAAACUUUCCCUCGCCGGAAGAAAUUUUCGAUGACCCUUCCGACAUUCAGUUGUAUAAAAGUUUGGUGGGUGAAGAUGGUUGGUGCAUACACUACGAAAAAAGCACAAGAAUGUGUUCUAUAUAUGCAGAACGGCCAUAUUUUUGUCGGGUAGAGCCGGAAAUAUUUGAGGCAUUGUAUGGAAUUGACAAGAAAAAGUUCAACAAGGAAGCUUGCAGGUGGGCAGCAGGCAGCUACGUACAACGUACCCAUGCCGCAUUUAUUAUCAUACAACAUUCAUUUUUUUUUAAUAGUAUUGCAUGUGAAAGAGGGCCAUCGAUCUCAAUAACAAAUUUGUGGGGAUCCUACUUAAGUUCAUACAUGAGCUGUAUCCACGUACCCACAUAGAGAGACCCAUUACUACUCUAGUAGCCCUUAAACGGUAGACAUAUAAUGCCUACAAAGUAUAUAGGAGUACAUGCGUAUGGUUUUUAUCAAUUACUCGUACUACGGUAUUAGUUCAUAUCCUUUGAUAAAUCGGGAAGGGCUCUUCUUCUUUUUAGUUUAGGGAUUCAAGUGGCAUGAGAUAAUAAAGAGCAAGGGUUGGAGGAAAAACUAGAUACUUCAUACUCCAUAUUUUACAAGGUAUGUUUUAUUCAUUAAUCAUUUAAUCCUUUUUUAAUACGAGUAAUAUUUACAAGUAUAUAACCAGCAAAGAGUACUGAUUUUGAACUCAAGUCCAUUGUAUUUCAAUUAUUAUUAUUAUUAUUAAUUAUGAGUAUAGUGGAAGAUUUACAGUGUUAUAGAAGCUCCGUGAUUUAAAAUGGCCGACAGGUUUAUACAAAAUGAGCCGGUGGCGCGGUUUCGUAUUAUUGAGUCUCCUUAUACUUUUAUGUUUAUGAUUUUUCUCUGAUUAUACCUCAUAAACAUCUUAUUAUAAUAUACGAAGGAUAUAUAUUCAUAUUCAUAUUCUUAUCAUAUAUAUAUACAUAUAUAAAUGAGUAUAUCAGUGAUGUAAAUUCAUCCGGAAGUAAAAAUUCAGAUGUAAGAUCAAUAUAUUUAAAGAUAAUAGUGAUUAAAGGUAUGCUAGUUUAUCCUUUUCCUUCUUCAUAUUUCAUAUUUUAAAGAUAUUUUCAUAAGAGAAAAUAUAGCUAUAAUUUUCUGAUAUGGAGGAUCCCAAUAAUUGGGCAACCAUAGAGCAUACUUCUUAUAGUUUUGAAUAUAUUCAAACAUGUUCAUACUUCUCAACAUCUGAUUUUCUUUUCAGAUGAAUUGAUAAAUUUCUGAAAAUAUAUACCUGCUGGGAAGAUGAUGAUUUCAAGGAUUUGGAGCAAAUUCGUGCUGAUAACGUGUUAUAAUAUGGAAGGAAAUAAGCAGAAGAUCAGGGAGAGAAAGUAUAGUCUGAAUACUUAGUGAGAAAGAUGUUAUUAGAAGUGUGAUAAUGGUGUUUAAGAAGUGUGUUAAUUACAAUGAGAAUGACUCCUAUUUAUAGGAGAAAGUGUGAGCUCAAUGAGAUUAGGAGAUCAUUGUGAGCCACACAUUUAUCACCUUGAAAUCAUAAUUAUGAUUUCCUAAUUAUUUAUGUAAUGGUGAUAAUAAUUCCUAAUCAGGAAUAGUUAGAAGAUGACUAAUUCAAUAAUAUUUCAACA